UAAUUUGGCCCCAGUUUGUGUGUGUGAAAAUAGGAAAGAAAAAAACUUAGCAUUUGUCAGCAAGACAUAACCACUAUUGUACUAGAAAGUCUGAAACUAUCAAUAUUAUUACUCUGUUGGUGUCCUUUGGUGUUUGCCCAUUUGCAAGUUCUGAACUACUACUAUUUAGUAAAUUCAUUGUAUUUUGCAAGAUUCUCAGUUGGGUAAUUGGAGAAACCCUUUUAUAUGUAGAAAAACAGGGAAAGAAAAAGAGUUUGAUUAACUGUUGGUGAAAGUGAAGAAAAGGGGGAAAUGGCAGGGGCUGGUGCUGGAGCUGGAGGAACUGCUUCAAUGCCAUCUAUGCCACCACCCCGCCCAAAAUCACCACCUCAGUAUCCAGAUUUGUAUGGAAAGCGUCGAGAAUUUGCCAAAGUUCAGAUGCUUGAAAGAGAAAUUGGCUUUCUUGAGGAAGAACUGAAAUCCAUUGAAGGCCUUCAUCCCGCUUCUCGAUCCUGUAAAGAGGUGACAGAAUUUGUAUCGGAACAUUCAGAUCCUCUUAUACCGACAAUAAAGAAGACACGGAGAUCCUGUUGCUUCUGGAAAUGGCUCUGUGGCUCUUCAUGUUUCAAUCUCUCGUGGAUUUGUUGCUGGUGCCGAUGUCCUAGUAUGAAGAUGCCUAACUGCAAUUUAUGUAACUGCUGCCCAUAUAUCAGUUGCUCAAUACCUAAGUGUCAAUGUUUCUCCUGUCCACGGUCUAAAUGCUGCCGCAAGCCUGUCUGCAAAUGGAGUUGUUGUAGCUUAAAAUGUCCUUCUUGCUUUAGCUGCUCCUCUUGUAGUAGCCCAUGUACAUGUACAUGUUCAUGUUCUUAUCCUAGAUGUCCAAAGUUAAAUUGUAGUUCCUGUUGUAAAAAGUGCUGCUGCCUCUGCCCUUGCUACUUAUGUUAGUAGUCAUCAUAAUAUAAUA